GGCGAGUCUGUCAGAGAGAUUUGCAAGACGUCAUUGGCAUUGUCAGAUCAUUGUUUGCAAUUCUGUAUGGUGUCUCCCAGAAAAGUUAACAGCUAGUGAUAUUCCCAGCUCCACAGAUCCCCAGAAUGUGGGUUUAUUUGUGCAAAGUGUCCGCCUAACAUGGAUCUCGUGAAACAAUAAAUGGCGCAGUUUACCUGGCACCAAAAACACUCACACAAUGGCCAAUCCAGUGAUUCUGCCUCGAGAUCCAGUGACUUUGCCAUACGUCUGUGUUCCACCACGGACGUCCAACUGAGAUUCCUCUGUCCGGACGAUCUGGAGGAAGUUCGGACACUCUGCCUCGAUUGGUUUCCCAUCGAUUAUCCCCUGUCCUGGUACCAGGAUAUUACUUCUUCCGAACGCUUCUUUGCCCUUGCCUGUGUCUACAAUUUUGCCAUUAUUGGCCUUAUUGUAGCUGAAAUUAAGCCCUAUACAAUUUUAAAUUAUGAAGAUCGUGGCAUCCUCCCAGAGUCUAUGGGUAAAAAUUCAGAAGUGGGAUAUAUCCUGUCGUUGGGUGUACAUGAAUUUGCCGUAACGACAAAAAACAAAAUAAUUUUCUACGAUAGGAAUUGGGUAGAAUUAACAACGGCUGCACAGCAAUUCGAUGGCCUUUCGGCGAUCGUUUACGACGAGACAGAGGAUAAUAUCUUCUUCAAUGACCAGGAGCAAGAAAAAGGCAGCAUCUUUCUGUUGAAGCUGGCAAAUAGUGAUGACAAUCAUAUUGUACGAAAAAUAAUACAAAAUGUAGAGAAUGAGCAUGUUCAGGGCAUAGCUUAUGAUCCGUUGGACAGAACAUUGUACUGGACAGACGCCAAGAACCACCGAAUCUAUGAGGCUAAAUUGGGAGAGGAUGGAAAAAUGGGUUCUCCCAAAAUCUUUUUGCAGUUCACCGAAGAGGUUCCAAGAGGAAUUUCUGUGGAUAUUUGCCGGCGAAAACUUUACUGGACUAACUCGAACUAUAUGAAUGGUUCAAUUGAAAGGGCUUCACUGUCUGGUCAGAAGAGAGAAGUGUUGAUAACAGAUGUGCAUAUGCCGAUGGGAAUUGUCGUAGAUUACUUUACAGAUAAGAUUUUCUGGUUGGAUAACAAGGCUGGAAAUCACUUCACCGUGGAAAGUGCUUCGCUUCUAGGAAGUCACCGAGAGGCUAUUGUUACGAGUCUCUACAAUAGUCCAAUGAAUUUAGUCGUUGACAGGGAUUACAUCUAUUGGACAGAAUUCUACCAGGAAUCCGUAUGGAAGGUGUCCAAAACGGCUUCAAGUGGAAACAAAGCCAUGAAGGUACUCUCGAAUUUCACGUCAACUCCUCGUGGGAUUGUUAUAAAGACGGACUUCCUACAGAAUCAUAUGAACAAUCCAGUGUGCAAGAAUGUGGUUAAAGAAAUCCGUCAAAGACUUGCUGUUUCAGCCAGUGAAAAGGAUUCCAAAAAUACCAGUUCCACAGAUUUCAGUAAGCUUCAAGCUGUCCGAUCACUCAAAGACACUAUUUGUCUGAACAAGGGCGUCCCCAAUGCAGUUUCCGGAAGAUGUAUGUGUCAGAAUGGAUUUACGGGGGAGAAUUGUGAGGUACCUCUAUGCUACAAUUACUGCGUUCAUGGGAAGUGUUUCAUUUCCAACACGGGAUAUGCGGAGUGCAAGUGCGAUCCGGGCUACCAUGGUGAGAGAUGCCAGCAGGAUGUAUGUACUGGAUUCUGUCUCAAUGGAGGCAGAUGUGCACUCGAGAGGGCAGAGCCCGUGUGUCACUGUUCAAGCCUCUAUAGUGGACGACAUUGUGAGAUAAUGAAAUCUGGAGAGGAAAUCUGUAAGAACUUCUGUGAGAGUGGAUACGUUUACCCCGAUUUACCCUGGAAUAUGCCACAAGUCUGUGGAGAUUGUUCAGAAAAUGGAACAAUAUCCCAGCCACUAAGUACAGAAAGGGAGAGCAGCUUAGAGCUGGAAGAUGAGAAGAAGAUCAAGAUCGUAUGGUUCAUCUUGGUAUCAGCAGUGUUGACUGUGCUGUUUCUUCUCAAUGGUAUUUGUUUCUUCAUGUGGCGGUUUCAGAAGCCCGUGAGACCGAAGAUCAAGAAGACGUACGUGGUGCGAAAGAAUCUAACACCACUCACGUGUAGACCUUCCGGUGCUGAGCAACAGUGCGAGAUCACCAUCGAAAACUGCUGCAACAUGAAUGUUUGUGAUACCCCUUGUUUUGAUCCCAAAGCUCUGCAGGAAGAGAUGCAGAAGGAGAGUCGCAAGGAUGACAAGAAGAAACUUCUUCGUCAUAUGGUGGACACCAAUGGGGACUUGUAUUAGAAGGAAAAUGGAUUUAAAUUAUCGAAUAAUUUAUAUUUUUUUUGUGUGAAUUUAGUCACGUUUAAUGUGGCCAAAAUGCACAUGAGUUCUCUUUUCUUUUUUAAUCAAAAAAGAAAAAAUGUGCGCAUCUAAAUUAAAAAAAAAAGAAUCGGAAGAAAAACGUAAAAUUUUCAUAUAAGUAUUAGAUAAAUCAAAAAGAAAACGAUUCGAGAUUUUUUAUCAUGUAUCAAAAGGCUAUUUAUUGGAAUUAACACUUGUCUCAACGUUUUAGAACCACAUAUUCGGUACAUAAUGCGCCUUUUUGCCUCAAAUGUCUGCCAGUUUUUUUUUUUUGCAUAGAACAUAAAGAAGAUACUUAACAGAAACGCAUAAAAGACAAGAUAUACCUGUAAAUUAUACUUAAUUUUAAUGAGAUAAACACAACCCUGUAGUUCCUUCUAUAGAAUAUGUUUAAUUAUUUUGGGGGGGAAAUAUUUAUGUGAGAAAAAAAAAUGAGAUAAUUUUGGAGCAGGGAGAGAUAAAUUUAAGGGCCAAACAAGAGAAUUAAUUUUAAUAGGCAUUCGUGCGAAUUUAUUGUGAAAAUGCAAUUUCCGCAGCUAAAACAUGUGGCUUAGUGCUUUGAUUUAGCAUUCAGUUUUAUUAGCACAGGCUAAAAUUGUGAAAUAUAUUUCUGUUUUCUUUCUAAUAUUUCAAUUACAUUUUUAAUUUGUUUUUUUUUUGUGUUGCCAAGAAAAUAUAGCCCAAAAAUGUUGAUCUAUCGAAGAAAUGAAAACAAAGACUGUGGAAUAUCCACAUGAGAAAUGUGAUAUUACACUUACAACAUAUACUAGAGAAUAUGUAUAAAGAAAUUUAUAGUGUAUUUUCAAUUGAAACAUGCGAAAUAAAAGUAAUUUUAUAAAAAAAA